AUGUGUGGCAUUUGUUGUUCUGUAAGCUUUUCUGUGGACCAUUUCCGUGAAGAUUUGGAAGAGGAUUUACUGUGCAGUCUUAAACGACGGGGCCCCGACUGCAGCAAGCAGUUGUUAAAGUGCGAUGCUAACUACCGGUGUUUAUUUUCUGGCCAUGUCCUUCACUUGAGAGGUGCUCUGACUGCCCAGCCUGUGGAAGAUGGGAGAGGCAACGUGCUCCUGUGGAAUGGAGAGGUCUUUGAUGGAAUAAAGGUUGAAGCUCUAGAGAAUGAUACUCAAGUCAUGUUCAGUUGCCUUUCCUCCUGCAAGAGUGAAUCUGAUAUAGUGUCACUCUUCUCACAAGUCCAAGGCCCCUGGUCCUUCAUAUAUUAUCAAGCAUCUAGCCAUGAUUUAUGGUUUGGUAAGGAUUUUUUUGGUCGUCGUAGUCUGCUUUGGCGGUUUAAUAAUUUGGACAUGAGUUUCUGCCUCUCUUCAGUUGGCACCCAAACUACUGGGGUAGCAAGUCAAUGGCAAGAGGUCCCAGCAUCUGGAAUUUUCCGAAUUAAUCUGGAGUCUGUUGCCAUUUCCAAACAUGUCAUGUUGCAGCUGUAUCCUUGGAAAUGUACUUCUAGGGAUGGUGUUCCCGAAGAAUGUGAUAGUAGCUUGCCUCAGGUCUCAGCAGACUGGCCAACAUUUGUAUCUGUGGUAGGAAAUGAAGCCAAAUUGUACCUUGAAAAUCCCAUUUCUCCUUUAAAUAUGAUGUUGCCACGGACUCCAAUGGAGACUCUGUGCAGUCCCCUUCCCAGCAGGCCACCCUCAAGAGAGACACUUCAGGUCUGUCUCACUGACGGACACAGGAAGGAAGUAGUGGAGCGGUUCAUUGAUGUUCUUAGUGUUGCAGUCAAGAGACGGGUCUUGUGUUUGUGUAGGGGCAAAAGCCCAGCACCAGAUGAAGUUUUAAAACCAGGUGAGAAGAAAGCAAAUAUUGCGAUCCUGUUUUCUGGGGGCGUUGAUUCCAUGGUUAUUGCUGCCCUUGCUGACCGUCAUAUUCCUUUAGAUGAGCCAGUUGAUCUUCUAAAUGUAGCCUUCAUGACUAAAGAAAAGGCCGUUCCAAGUAGCGGUAAGCAGAGAAGGAGUAAACGGACAGAGUGUGAGCUGCCUUCUGAAGAGGUCACUAAACACGCUGCCAUCAUCACUGAUGACAAUCCUCAUGACAAGUACUGCGUACCAGACAGAAUCACAGGGAGGGCAGGCCUGAAGGAACUGCAAGCUCUUAACCCUUCUCGGAUGUGGAAUUUUGUUGAAAUUAAUGUUUCUCUGGAAGAACUGCAAAAGUUCAGAAGAGCCCAAAUACGUCACUUAGUUCAUCCCCUGGACACAGUUUUGGAUGACAGCAUUGGCUGUGCGGUCUGGUUUGCUUCCAGAGGCGCUGGCUGGCUGGUGACCCGGGAGUCAGUGAAGUCCUACGAGAGCAGUGCAAAGGUAAUUCUCACUGGAAUUGGUGCCGAUGAGCAGCUUGCAGGUUAUUCUCGUCAUCGCAUUCGCUUUCAGACACAUGGAUUGGAAGGACUGAAUAAGGAAAUAGCCAUGGAACUGGGUCGAAUUUCUUCUAGAAAUCUUGGUCGUGAUGACAGAGUUAUCGGUGAUCAUGGAAAAGAAGCAAGAUUUCCCUUCCUGGAUGAAGAUGUUGUCUCUUUCCUAAACUCCCUUCCAGUCUGGGAAAAGGCAAACCUGACUUUGCCCCGUGGAAUUGGUGAGAAACUAAUUUUACGUCUGGCAGCUGUGGAACUUGGCCUUACAGCCUCUGCUCUCCUGCCAAAACGAGCCAUGCAAUUUGGAUCCAGAAUUGCAAAAAUGGAGAACAAUAAUGAAAAGGCAUCUGACAAAUGUGGAAGACUCCAAGUUGUUUCCUUAGAAAAGCUUUUUUGUGAAAAGGAUGUCCAAUCAUGAUAUGUCAGAAUGUAACAAUAUUCACUGAAUGAUGAUUUACAUAAAAAUAAAAUAUUUUGCUAUUUAUUGUA